CUCUAAAGUUUCCUUCACUAGCAGUGAGUGAGGAGAGCCUUCAUUUAAUUUCUUUUUCUUGUUUUGUUUACUUUGACACAGAUUUUAUUGUGACGUUUUCUGAUAUUUUUCACUCAAACUUGAACACGCAGCUCCAGAGGAAGGAGAGGUGAAUCACUCUGAUUUUAAUCAAUUACACAAUCACCCAGAACCAGAGAAGAAGAAACCAGAGCGAAAGCGUGAACUCCUCAGCGAUGGGCAUGUGGUUCUCAGGAUGCUUCUCUGAGCACAACAACUGCACCAGCAGCUCCUCAUAAUCCUUCAUCAUUCUGAGGCUGCAGCGCCCCCUUCUGGGCAGUAUGGAGCCAGGGGCCGGCCGAUUGCCUCUCCAGGUGGUUGGAGAGAACGAGGCGCUGCAGCAAUUCUUCAGUGGUCAGGAUGUCAGUGGUGUCUUGGACAGUUCUGUCGCCGUGGAUACGAGCAUCCUGGAGCAAUACCUCAGCAAUGACAUGGACCCUAACAGCUUCAUGCUCCCAGACUCUCCGCCUGACUCGAGCUCAGAGGCCUGUUCCCCUGCUCAGAUACCAGACUUCAGUCAGGAGCAGCCGUACUGGUACAACCAGCAGACACCCCAGGAAGUUUUCCAGCCAGCACAACAUUGUGCUCCCUCAUCGUCCUGUCGCUUCAAGGAUCAAGACUCUACCCCAGCCCAACAUGAACUGCUGACCCACAAUCAGCUCCGCAGUCUGGGCCUGACUAACACAUACAUCAAACCUGGGACUUCUCCUGCCCCCUUACAUCAUCAUGUACACCAUUCACCUGAACACACACACUACCCCAGUCCUGAGAGCUGCUCUCAGGUCUACACCCCUCCCACGCCUCCUUCCCCACCAGUGCCUCACUUGAACAGAUAUGCAACUCCCUGCACUGGUCCGCGUCAAGUCCCACAUUUAGUUACGCACCCCUCAGCGUGCUCAGUUCCACUUGGAUCCACCUCCACACAGCACAACUGCUCGCCAGACAGUAAAAAAAGGAGGAGAUCUGAGUCUGAUGAAGCAUCGGCAGGGAUCGAGGGUUCCUGCGGUGAAGGUGACGGGACUCGAGGUUGCACAGUAGGUGGUGGACUGAGUUUGGGAUCCAAUCAGUUGCUGAGCUGGGAUCAGUACAGACCAGAGCAGUGGAGCACUUUGUACAAUGGCAGCUACCAGGCAGUGUCUCCCCCUGCCUAUCACGUUGACACAGAUAAAGGUUUCAUCUACUCUGCAGCAGAUGAAGCCUUUGUCUGCCAGAAGAAGAAUCACUUUCAGGUCACUGUUCACAUCGGUGUGGCUGCAGAACCGCAAUAUGUUAGAACGCCAAGUGGACCCCAGCAAGUAGACCACUUCCAGAUAAAAGUCUUUGGGAUCAAGUUGGAAUCUCCAAGCCACCAGGUGAUGAUAGAGCAGUCUCAGCCAGACCGCAGCAAGAAACCAUUUCAUCCUGUCAGAGUCAGUCUACCUGGAGGCAAAAUUACCAAGGUAACACUUGGCAGACUGCACUUCAGUGAGACGACAGCCAACAACAUGAGGAAGAAAGGCAAACCCAACCCUGACCAGAGGUAUUUUCAGAUGGUCGUUGGUCUUUAUGCUGCUGUGAACAGAGAGGAGACGUUCCUCCUCACAGCUCUGGUGUCGGAGAGAAUCAUCGUCAGGGCUUCUAACCCAGGUCAGUUUGAGAUGGACGGGGACUCCUUGUGGCAGCGUGGAAUGGUGCAGGACGCCGUGGUCUGCCAAGGUCGAGUCGGCAUCAACACUGACUCCCCAGACGAGGCGCUAGUUGUCUGUGGAAACGCCAAAGUGAUGGGCUCCAUUAUGCAGCCGUCAGACUGCCGCGCCAAACAAAACAUUCAAGAGGUCGACUCUGAGCAGCAGCUGAAGAGAAUCACUCAGAUGAGAAUCGUUGAGUUUGAUUAUAAACCAGAGUUUGCCUCCAGCAUGGGAAUAGACCACACCCACCAGACAGGUAUAAUAGCUCAGGAGGUGAAGGAGUUGCUGCCGUCAGCGGUGACGGAGGUCGGAGACAUCAGCUGUUCUGAUGGAGAGAAGAUUCACAACUUCCUCAUGGUCGACAAAGAGCAGAUCUUCAUGGAGAAUGUCGGGGCGGUGCAGCAGCUGUCGAAGCUCACAGACAACCUGGAGACUCGGAUUCAAGAGCUGGAGGGCUGGAACCGCCGACUGGCGAAGCUGAAGAGCCUGACGGGCAGCCUGCGCUCCAAUGGGAAGCCCAGGAAACCCAGCACUGUGUCAACCAGUCCGAUCCCUGAAACAUGUAAAAGUGGGAAAGGUCAAAAGGAGGGCCGGAGUCAUAAAUACCACCACUGUCUGCAGAAUAAAAUCUUCCAUUGGAGCGUGUUCGCCCUGCUGGCCACCAUGGCUUUCUGCAUCAUCUCUAUCACCGCUCUCUACCUGGUAAAUUUAGAGGAAGACUACGAAAUCCAUCCUGGCAUCAGUAACGGCAGUGUGGUUCCACCGCUGACCACAGCCUGGAGCAGCACAGUCCCCCCGACCACUCCACUCGGCCCCUGGCCCCCACAUGUGGACUUCUGUGACUUACUGUACUGUGACCAGGUGUACUGCUGCUCUCCACCAGGAGGGGGCAGCACUGACUCUAACAUAACCUCCACUGAACAAGCUCCAGCAGACAAGUUUAAUAUAACAGAAACAAGAAGAGAAAAACUUUAUCAGAAGUUGAAAAGUGCCAGAGACUGGACAAACACCACCAUCCAGACGUUCAUGAUUAAGGAGAACCAGCAGGUGAUCGACAGCAAGUACUGCCUGAGAGAUGAAUGUGGGCCGGGUCGAUACGUCUUCAGAGUUCCCAUCAGCCAGUUUGUUCCCGUCAACAUGAGAAUAACUUUACUCAUGAAUUCUACGGAGCUGCUGGUGGUUCACCUGUGCAAGUUUGAUGAGUCAACGUCCUGCUCCACUUUAAUGGAUAUAAACACAGUGACAGGGAGCAGAUACCCAUCAAACACACAGGGAGAACAUGAAUGGCCUCUUCAUGUGGCUCGACUUCAGCACAGCUCCUAUCACUUUCGCUCCUCAGUGGCGGGUCAGGCAGACUGCAGUACCAACCAUCACUUCGCGGGGGCGUUCUUCACUGACUACCACUUCCACUUCUACAGACACUGCAUGGAUUUCUGAACUCACUCUGCACAUAUUUAACAUUUACUCUGCCCACAUGAACAUCAGAAUCAUUUUAGUCCUGUGAGCAUUUUUAUUGAAACGUUCUUUAACUGAUAGAUACUUGAGUUAAGGUCCCUGUUGUUUUGUUCUUUUCUUACUCUCCUUCAUUCUCUUUAAUGCUUUAUGAGCCGCUUGAGGAGACAUAAUAUUAUCCAGAUGAAAUUACUCUGAGAUUUACUGUACAAUCACUCACCAGAGCUCUAAAUUGGAUUAACAAAUUUAAAAAUCCCGUUAAUAAAAUUCAAACACUUAUGGUUACUUAGAGAUGUUUUUCCAUGAUAAUAUAAGAUAAACAAAAAAAAUCUGAUGCAAUAAUGUACAUUUUUCAAUUCUUUUUGUAUUCGUAGAACUGUAGAGGAAUUAAAUUCUGAAAUAUAAAAGUUGGUUUGGUUGACCAGGUUAGAGUCACAUAGGGGAAAAAAAAAUCUGUGACAAACCUUCAAACUUAUCUGGAGUUUAUAAACUAAGCAGUCACAUUUUCUAUCAGUUGUGAUGACUUUUAUAAAAAUAUAACCCACUUAUGCUGUGAUGGAUUAUGUUUAUGUGUCUGUAAAUUUUGGAAAUAUUUACAAAGUUCCAGUCUUUGAUUGUUUUGAAGAUAAAGUCUGAUGUUUAUCUCAGAAUAAAGGUGAUCAUCUGUACUGGAAAGGAGUUGACAUUUUG